UCUGGCCACUAGCCUGACUGACUGAAAAUAUACACUGCAGCCAUUCCUUACUCUCUCUCUCUCUCUCUCUCUCUCUCUCUCUCCUCUCUCUCUCUCUCUUUCUAAGAUGGUUUUUCAUUUCUUCUGUCCAUCUGUCUGUUUGACUGUCAGUUUCUCUGUCUGCCUGCCUGCCUGAUUCUCUGUCUGGCUGUCAGCCAGUCAGUCUGUGCCUAUGUCUCAAUCCAGUUGUCUGUUUGUCUGUCUGCCUGUCUGGCUAGCAAACUAGCUGGCAGGCUGUCUGGCUGGCUGGCUGGCUUUCAUGGCCAGUCAGCUGGAUGAAGGUUAUGGAUGGACAGAAAGUUACAUGGACGAUAACAGAUGACUGAGUAGCCAUUAUCAAACAUUUCCUAAGUCUCCUUUCUUUCUGCAGAAUUAUGGUACCACCAGUUUUAGACAGGGACAAGUACAAGCUCUCGCUCCACAUCUGUCAAUAAAGUCACCAGUAACAGGAGCAGCUAAACGAAAGUCGAAAUCAUUGGUUGACAACAGUUCUUCUGCUGUAGCGCUACAACAACAACUAGCUCAGGUCCAAGCACAGGUACAACAACAUCAGCAGCAGCAGCAACAACAGCAGGCUGCAGUGGCAGCAGCAGCAGCUGCCGUGCAACAAACCCCUCUCAUCAUGCUGGCUGCACAGCAAGGCUUGAAUCCACAACAGAUGCAGCAGCUGUUGCAACAACAACUCCUGAAUCCGAACCAGCUGCAACAAGUUAUGCAACAACAGACGUUACUCUUGCAGCAACAGCAACAACAAAAAUUACAAGAACAAUUACUGCACCAGCUGAAUGAACAGCUGCAACUCAACAUUCUACAGCAAUCUCAACUCUUGCAACAGCAACAGCAGCAACAGCAGAAUGUGUCAGGUGUACAGUCAGGUCCCCUCCAUAGUUCGGUUACAGCAUCAGAAAAAAAUAAAAAUAGCAAACAGAUGAAGCAACGAAUGCAUGAGUUAAGUAUACAACAACAACAGUUAAUACAACAGAUACAGUUCCAACAACGGCAGUUCCUUUUAUCCCAGGGAAUCGGACUUGUACAGCCAUUUGGGGUACCUCAAA